AUGUCACCCCUAUCUGAUCGGCAAAGGGACGAGCUCCACAAAUCUCUACUCGACUAUCUCCAGUCUUGCGGAUACGAAGACAGUGCACGCGCUUUAAGGCUGGAUGCUGGCUUGGACGAUAUUAAGCUCGAUCCCACUGCAAAAUACGCCGGUUUAUUGGAGAAAAAGUGGACUUCGGUGAUUAGAUUGCAGAGGAAGGUCAUGGAACUUGAAUCCAAGAAUUCCCAGCUUUCCAGCGAACUUUCUACCCCUGCAAUGGCCACAAAGAGGCACAAUACGGCCCACUUCCUCCCUUCACUCCCCAAGCACACCCUCUCAGGCCACAGAUCUGCCGUUGUUGCUCUCUCUUUCCACCCAAAGUUCGUCCUCUUAGCGUCGGCUUCAGACGAUUGUUCAGUGAAGAUCUGGGACUGGGAUGUGGGAGAGUGUGAGCGUACGCUUAAAGGGCACACAAAGGCAGUGCUUGACGUAGACUACGACGCUACCGGCACACUCCUCGCCAGCUGCUCCUCAGACACCUCCAUCAAGCUAUGGGAUGCGCUAGGCGAGUACUCCAAUACCAAGACACUCUACGGCCACGACGAGAGUGUGAGCUGCGUGCGCUUCCUCAGUGAUAGCAACACCAACACGCUCAUUUCGUGUGGAAGAGAUGAAUCAAUCCGCUUCUGGGAUGUGCAUACAGGUUACUGCACUCGCUCUAUACACCCUCACUCUGAUUGGAUCAGAGUCGUGCUCCCGUCGGAUGACUCGAGCUUGCUCGCUACCGCUUCCUCUGAUCAGACUGCAAUGGUUGUCGAUACCGCUACAGGCACCACUGUGAGCGAAUUGAGAGGCCAUGAGCAUGUCGUCGAGUCUGUCGCUUGGGCCCCAACCACCUCAAUUGCUAAUAUCCACCAAUUGAUAGGCGAAAGUGGUACUGGUAGUAAUCGGGAUAACCGUGCUAGUGGAAGUGCGAGCACCAAUGGGAUACCUAAUAACAAGACCCACUCACAAUCGCAAUCACAAUCUCGCAACAGAUACUUAGCCACAGCAUCGCGUGAUAAGUCUGUCAAACUGUGGGAUACUUCGUCGUUCCAAUGUGUGUAUACCUUCAAUGGACAUGACAAUUGGGUGAAGAGCAUAGUGUUCCACCCAGUUGGAACCCAUUUACUCUCCUGCUCAGAAGACAAGUCAAUCAAGAUAUGGGAUCUCGCAACGGGCCGGUGCACGCGGACUAUCGAAGCUGCACACAGGAAUUUCGUCAACACUCUCAGUUGGGGGAGACAAGCGAUGCCUGAAGUUGGAGUGAGCAAGAGCAUGGGUUUGGGUAAAAACAACAACAACAAUCUUAAUCGGAGGUUCAGCAUGCCUCAUCCUCCCCCAACCAUGCGUUCGAUGAGUAGUGGCGAUGUCUUGCGUAGUGUUCACCAGCGAGAAGAAGAAAAAGAAGAACACACUGUGAUACGACCACUGAAUGUGAUCGCUUCUGCUAGCUCAGAUGGGACUAUUAAGAUUUGGACACCUUGA